CUCCGUGAAAUCAGCACUUUAGCCUCAUGGACCGUCUCCUCUUCCAAGCCAGGCUGCUCCAUAACCCAGCUCCGGCAUGCAAACACAAACCUCUUCUGGCAAUCCGACGGCCCCCAGCCCCAUUACCUCAACAUCCACUUCUUCAAGCUCGUCCGCAUAGUCGGUCUCCGCCUCUACCUCGACUUCGAGCAAGAUGAAUCCUACACUCCCACACGCAUCAUCUUCCUCGCCGGCAGCGGCAUGAACGACCUCCAAGAAUGGGGCGAAAUGCGACUCGAAAGCCCCCGAGGCUGGAUCUGGGCCGAUUUCUCCGGCGUCGGCGACGUAGACAGCGACGGCGACGACGAUGACCAAGCCCCCAAAAUGCCAACCCUACGGUGCCAUCUCUUGCAAAUCAAGAUUCUGGAAAACCAUCAGAAUGGAAAAGAUACGCAUUUGCGUGGUUUACAGGUUUUU